AUGCCUGAUCUCCACAGCUUGCCUGCUGGCUCUAGACCUGUCGCGGCCAUUCGAAACAAUGGUCCAGAUCACUUGGUUUUGGAGCGUGUGAAGCUUCGAGAGCUCGCUGAGGGAUGGCCCCUCUAUAGAGACUCAUGCGAAUGGGAAAACUUCGAGUCGAUAUUCCACCCUAAUGCCCAUGUGUAUACCACUUGGACUGGUCAGGUGGCGUACAACGAAUUCAUUGCCGCCUCAAAGACAGGUAUGGACAGGGGAGCGUUCAUCAUGCAUCGCUGCCACGGCGCGAGCACUGAUAUCGACACAGCGGGAACCCGCGCUGUGACCAAGCUCAAGGCAACUAUUACGCAGCGUUUUGAAGUAGACGGCAUUGAGUUUGAUGUCGAGACUGAUUGCCGCUUCUGCUUCUUCUUUGAAAAGCUUGAAGGAAACUGGGGUGCCCGUCUUGUCAGACACUGGUACGAGAAAGACAAGAUGAUCCCGACGAAUCCGGCCAAGUUACCUACGCUGGAUGAAGAACGUUUGAAGAAAUACCCACCGGGAUACAAGUACCUCGCGUAUUGGCAGGAGGUCACGAUGGGGGUGACGGUUCUGCAGGACCUGCCAGGGCAUAGACGGCAUGUUGGGACGGUAAAUCUAGACAAGCACGACUUGCUGUAUCGGCUGGUGAAGGGAUGGCUAGAGGGUGGACAGCUAGCCAGCUUGAUGAUGGGAAACUAA